UUGCAACCGUCGCGAACUUUUCCAUUACCGAUGUCGGGACGCGAACCCGAGACCUGCUUUUGGGAGGGGGUCCUGGAUAAAUACUCUGGACUCCUUGGGAUAUCUUUCAGUCUUCUGGCUUUUACUGUGACUACGUUAAAGGUCCUACCGUUAUAUUCUGAUCCCGUAGUGUUGGAUUUCUUGGAUAUCUUUAUCAGAUGUCUGAUAGGUGCUAAGACAUGUGCCCCAACGACAACCCCGCGGGGCGGCCACCCCACCUGCCGAAAAGGCUCGAUUCUCUGUUCGAUAGUGAGGCAGGGAGCGAUGUUACAUUCCUGGUGGGGCCGGAGCCGGAGACCUGGAGGUUCCCUGGACACCGCACCAUACUCUCGGAAGCUAACCCUGUGUUCCGAGCCAUGCUGCAGGGACCCCUGGCUGACUCGGGGCCCACAGUGGCCAUAGACGACGUCGACGGCAAGGCUUUCGAUCUCCUCCUCAGGUUUCUGUACCGAGAAGACGUUGUUCUGGGAUCCAUCCCCACUGCGCUUGCCACACUGUACGCCGCGUACAAGUACCUGUGUGCGGGUCUGGUGCGCACAUGUGUGCUCUACCUCAACGAUCACCUCAACACACAGAAUGUGCUGCAGGUGUACCAACACGUCAGAGUGUACUGCAGCCACCAUCAGACCAGAGAUCUCGGUUUGUGGAUCGCGUCCGCACCCCCAGCCCCUGAGGACAGCAUCUCCACUUCGUACUCGGUGGGAGUGGAUAAGGACCCCAAUGACAACCUGGACACCAUGAGUUGCCUCUGCUCCUCCCUCCUCCACAACUGCCUCCACUUCAUCGACACCAAGGCUGACCAGGUGUUGGCUGACGAGAGUGUGGAGGACCUGACAGCAGAUGCGUUACGCGACAUCGCACUGCGCGACAGCCUGGCAGUCUCCUCCGAGUCAGUCCUGUUCACCGCACUGGAACGCUGGUGUAACCGGGAGUGCAAGAGAGGUCAGCUUCAGCUAUCCCCAGAAAGCCGUCGGGCAGUUUUGGGCUACGACUUGCUCUUCUCCCCCCGCUAUCUGCUCAUGUCCGCCCACCAGUUCCUCUCCGGACCGAUGCAGAGUGGCCUCCUGGACCAGGCAGAGACAGCAGCACUCAUGGCCCACAUUCUCAACUCCCCGAUCAAACCGUCUGCACCUUCACUGUCCCCGGAAACAAUAGAGAGGCUGCGGACUCCUCGGCGCAAACCGUUCAGCACACCCAUCAACCUCUCCUCCACUAAGUGUAAGAAAGACAAAAAGGACGCCUCGAAAAAGACCAAGACAAUGAAGAAGCAGAAAAAAGUGAAGUGUAAACAGGACAAACCGGAGUCACCGAGUAAAAAGUGUUCGGGCUCCUGCUUUCUUGAACACUUGUGUAGGGUGCUCUCUUGUGUGUUCGAUUGAAAUGGGCCAUCUUAAGAUCAUCCUCUUAGUCAUUAGAUGUAAAGUUAUCUACUGUAGAGCAGCUGAGUCAGACAAGCAGUAUAGAUAUACGUAAUAGUGAAAAUGCUACAUAAUGUUCACAAUAAAAGUAAAUCGUUGUUAGGAAAAUAUUGUUGGGAGUUAAAGAAAACCGUUAACAAAACCAUGAAAGAAUAAUAUAAAUGCAGAAAGUUACAUCAUUAUAUUUUAUCAAGCUAAUCAAUAUUUCAAUGAGUCUCCACAAUGAGUUUUUAUAGUAAAAAUGCUGUUGGUCAUUAUUUUAAGAUUUUACUACUUUUUAAUAUUUUUAAAUGACAUAGUUGGAAAGUUUAGGUGGAUUAUCAUUUUGGAAAUUUUACAAAAUUGUUUUACUUUUGUGAUGAUCUGUAAGUAUCUCUAUGGAGACUACAGUUGAGUUUACAUGUGCUGCUAAUUGUUUUAUAAAGAGCCAUAUGUGUCACUACAAAUAAUUAGGAACAUGCCACAUCACAUGUUGUGUAACAAACUUCACUAAAGUUACAUGCUCAUUUCUUCCUGACAUGUCCAACAGACAGACAGACAGAUGAUUUUAGGGGAAAUAAAUGUAUACACCCCCCCCCCCCCGUUCAUUGGCAGA